CUUGGACGGUGAGGGGUAAGCGUCUACCCAGUUGCAACCGUCUCACUGGAACACACGAGUGCAUAGCCCUGCAGUCGCCACUUACUCGUUGCCAGACAGCGAAAAGCAUGGGAGGUUAUUUCUGAAACAAUCACGGAGAGAUUUACACUGAGACCUGCCAUGGCUGUGGACGCUGCGUCCAGCUUCAGCUUCUGCCGGACUGCCCUGGAGCACACCGUCUCAGCAGAGGAGCUCAACUACGAGCUGCCCCGCAAGGCAGGCGGGAGCCUGACCUGGCACGACGGGCGUGGCCAGAAGUCGGCAGGUGGCAGGACGGUGAAGCUGCUGCAGCAGCCUGGGACGGAGGCCCUGCAGCUGCGGCCGGGCGAGGCCUUCACUGUGUACCACACCAGCCCCACGCUCUCCAGCCUGUCCAAGCCUGUGGUUCUGUGGACACAGCAAGAUGUCUGCAAGUGGCUGAAGAAGCACUGUCCGCACAACUACCUGACCUACGUUGAGGCCUUCUCACACCAUGCAAUCACAGGACGGGCACUGCUGCGGCUUAACGGGGAGAAGCUGGAGCGGAUGGGCAUCGUGCAGGAGACGCUGCGGCAGGAGGUGCUCCAGCAGGUGCUGCAACUGCAGGUCCGAGAGGAGGUGCGCAACCUGCAGCUGCUCAGCCGAGCUUCCUUUGGAAACCUAUCUUAGCUCAUCCAUCCGUUUGGCAGCUCGCUCUGACACAAUGGAUCUCGGAGAGCUCUGGGAGGAACUGCAGGGUCUAGAUACGUGAAUGGAAGAUCAUGCCUUGAAUGGGAAAGGAGGCUUUCGCUUUCUGCCAACCCGGGGGACACCAAUUUCAAAACAGCAAUCUGUUCCGGUUUGAAAAAGGACUAUGCUGUGUUAAAUAAUGGGACCGAUACUGUAAUAUAGCGAUCAAAUAUUAGAUCUGGAAU